GCUCUUUCUCAGAUCUGCUCGUGUUUUUGUUCGGCGCGGCUCAGAGACAGAACAUGGCUCUGUCAAGGACACGCUCCGUCCACAGAACACUGGACUUUAACUGCUGGAGUCGCGCAUGAGUGGCGGAGGACAACAUGCCCACCAGUGGCGCAGACCUGCUCAAACCCAGCGCCUUCAUCCCGGUGUGCACCGCUGCAGGGCUCCUGUUUGGAUCCACGUCCCUUUUCUUUGUCUUUACAUGCCCGUGGCUGGCGGUGACCAUCUCUCCAGCCGUUCCACCAUGCUGCGCCGUCGUCUUCCUGUUCGUGCUCGCCAAUUUCACCAUGGUAACGUUCAUGGACGCCGGGGUGCUCCCUAUAGCGAACGAGGACGAGGACAAGGAGGAGGAGUUCCGCGCUCCGCUUUACAAAAACGUGGAUGUGAAUGGCGUCCAGGUCCGGAUGAAGUGGUGCGGCUCGUGUCAUUUCUAUCGACCGCCGCGAUGCUCCCACUGCAGCGUGUGCGACCACUGUGUAGAGGACUUUGACCAUCACUGUCCGUGGGUGAACAACUGCAUCGGGAGGAGGAACUAUCGUUACUUCUUCCUGUUUCUUCUGUCGUUGACUCUCCAUAUGGUCGCCGUGUUGACGUUCGGUCUCGUUUACAUCAUGAACCACACAGACGAGCUGUGGGAGCUGCACUGUGCCGUCACUUUGGCGGUGGUUAGUAUUUCAGGGCUGUUCAUGAUCCCCGUGUUGGGACUCUCUGGGUUUCACUUGUACUUGGUGUCUCGAGGCCGCACCACCAACGAACAGGUGACGGGCAAAUUUCAAGGCGGCGUAAAUCCGUUUACCAGAGGCUGCUGUAAAAACCUGGAGUAUCUGGUUUGUAGCCCCAUCUCUCCAAAAUAUACUGGAAGACCUUUUAAGAAAACCACAGUCCAGGUUCAUCCGCCUUUUCUUCGACCGGGGACUGACCGGCCGUUACCCGUGAAACCCAAAGACAACGGGGUCCAAGACGGCCAGAAAAACGUAAACUGCUCAUCAUCUGGAGCUGUGGAGCUGACGGAUCUAAAACAAACGAAACCUCCGCCUCCUCUGCCGCCCAAACCCGAGCACGGCCUCCUCAAGAGCCAUUUGGCAGCUUUAGACAAGAUGGGACACCACACAAAGUCCAUUAUUCCCGUGUCCAUCCCCACCGUCCCACAGCUGCGCCCGGUUCUGGAGGCGAUUUCCAGAGGAUCUUCGCCCAUUCCCCCAGAACAGUUUCUGAAGGCCCCCGAGCACCAGACCAACGGCCGAAGUCCAGAGAGGUCCAGAGAAAGUCCGGUGAAGUCCGCCCAGCCCGGCCACAUGACCGCGCUGUCUCAGAGCAGCCUGCACGCCGCCAGCACCGCGCCGCCGUCGCUCCCGCUCAGCUCCCUCACGCUCAACUCGCGCUCGCUCACCCUCAAACACAACAGUCGCCAUGGAAACAAGUCCCAGCUGCCCGGUUUCGACGCUCUGGGCUCAAACCCUCCGCCGGGCCUCGUGUCGUCGGCGAAUUUCUUCCCCAGCCACAGCCACAGCAGCCUCUCCUACGACAGCAUCAUGAACUCCCCCGACCCGCAGACGCUGACCCAACGGGGGGGCGCCACCGUCACCUACCACCCGCACUUCAUGACCUUAGCCUCCGACGGGACCCUCGUGCAGAACUUCCCGCCCCCGCACGCCUACAGCCCCGUGUUCAUGGGGGUGGCGCGACAGUCUCCGCAGUCCAGAGACCCGUCGCCGUCUCUGCAGGCCCUCAGCUCCCGGGACCCCUCUCCGUCGUUCCCGGGUUUCAUCCAGAGAGACACGUCCCCGUCGUUCCCGGGUCUCAUGGCGAGGGACCUGGCGUCUCAGAGCAUAACCACGCGCGACGUCCCUCCUCCUUCUGCGGCCGCGCGCUACGACAACUUUUCCAAAACGAUCAUGGCGUCCAUUCACGAGAGGCGGGACCUGGAGGAGCGGGACAGGAUGUUUCGGCUCCGGCCUCAGCCUCUGAUUGGGACAGAGAUGGGAAUUUAUGACAUCCCGAACAGAAGGAGCCUCCCGCCGGAAAAUCUUCGACCAAUAGGCUCUCGUGGACCUACCCCGCCCGCGUACGGAUCCAGAGAGUUCCUCAUGAGCACAGGUAUUUUGGGUUACGGGGUCAGGAGCUCGCCGCUCUCCAGUUCGUCCACUUCCUCUUUGACCCGUGGGCUCAGAACGUCCACGUCGCCCCUUCAGAGCAGCAGCGGCAGCCUCCAGACCAAGGGCAGGACGUCGUCUCCGCUGUUUGGCCCGGCCGAUAGACAGACUCAGCCCCCGCCCACCUCCACCGCCACGCUCCCCCGCAUGCCGCCCCUCUCCUCCGCCCCGUCCUACGCCACGUACGCCACGGCUAAACGCUCCUCGCUCACAUAUGGCGCGGAGCAGAAGGACUCGUCGGGAACCCUCAAAUGAAACCGCUCCAUGUCUGUGGUGUGAAUGAAUCAUCUAUGCAGCGUUACUCUCAGUCCUCACAGCUUCCUCGUACUUUGUUAAUAAGUGAACAUUUGUGGUUUACAUAUGUCGGCCGAGAGCGACGAGCAAAGUAACCACUGAAAAAAAAACGAAAAAAAAAAACGUUUGCAAUACUGAUGCACCUAUGGGUGAUUCUCAGGAUGGACAUGUCUCCCCUCACAGGAUGGACAUGUCUCAAAAUGUCUCCCCUCACAGGGUCGACCUGUCUCCGGAGCAGAGGUGUCCAAACUUUUCUGUCGAGGUCCAUAUCUCAAAAACAUGUCCGCCGCGGAGGACACAGACGGAGGUUUUAUCCACAGCUUUGAGCCGCUGUGUGUUUAAUCCUUAAAACACUUAGAUUUUAGGUCUGAUGAUGAUUCAAUCUGGUGUUUGAGGUUAAAAGUGUAAAAUAGUUUCAUUUGCUGUUCUUUUCUGCUUAUGAUCAAUUGGGCCGGUUCAGCACUGAUCUGAGGGCCGGAUUUGGCCCCUGAGCCAUAGUUUGGACACCCCUGACUUACAGAGUUACAGAUGUCUCCGGUCACAGGACGGACAUGUCUCCGGUCACGGGACGGACAUGUCUCCGGUCACAGGACAGACAUGUCUCUCAAGGACGGACAUGUCUCCAGUCACAGGGGGACAUGUCUUCGGUCACAGGGGGACAUGUCUCCAGUCACAGGGGGACAUGUCUUCAGUAGGGGACAUGUCUUCAGUAGGGGACAUAUACACACAAACCAUUUGUAUUUGUUUUGUACUUUUGUGAUACUGAUUUACUUUUCAUUACCACAUUAUUCACUUUUGUCUUGCCUCUGAAAAACCCUGUUGAAGAAUUUUGUAGUAGUUUAUAUGAAUAAUAAAAUCAUUUUGUAAUUUUA